UACUAACUUCUUUUCAAACAAAAAUGUUUGAGAGAGGUUUCAGCUCUGGAGCUGAUCUUAGUCCCUUAAAGGGAGUCAGAUCUUGGGGACCUCCAUUUCUGAGCUCAGGUUCAGGUUCAGAUGUCUCUGGGAGAGAGAGUACAUACUUCCUUAGUGUGAACAGGAACAAAAAGAGCAUCUGUGUUGAUAUGAACACUGAGGAGGGACGGACAAUUUUAACCGAGUUAGCUGGAGUUAGUGAUGUUCUUGUUGAGAACUAUAUCCCUGGAACACUGGAUAAGAAAGGUCUAGGAUAUACUCAGCUCAAGGAGACAGCUCCAGGACUUAUCUACUGCUCAAUUACAGGGUUUGGAUCUAGUGGCCCAUACAAGAACAGGGGUGGUUACGACGUGAUAGCAGCGAGCUUGGGCGGACUGAGUCACGUGACCGGGGAGAAGGACGGAGGACCUAUGAAAGUCGGGGUUGCCAUGACAGACUUGGCUACUUCAUUGUACGCUCACGGUGCUAUACUUGCUGCAUUAUAUCAGAAAGAGAAGACUGGACUUGGACAAAAGAUUGAUUGUAAUCUACUCUCAACCCAGGUGUCAGCCAUGGUUAAUCUGGCGGGUACAUACCUAAACACAGGUCAGAUCCCUGGUAGGUGGGGUACUGCACAUGCCAGCAUAGUUCCUUAUCAGACAUUUAAAACUGCAGACGGUUACUUUACAAUUGGAUGUGGAAAUAACUCGCAAUUCAGAGAAUUUAGUGAAAGAAUAGAUAGAACUGAUUUACCGGAUCAUCUUGCAUUUAAAACUAAUGAAGACAGGGUUCAGAACAGAGAAAAGUUAGUUUCAAUUCUGUCGGAAAUAUUGGGUGAAUAUGGAAAUGAGCAUUGGAACAUCCAGUUUGAGGGUUCCAGUUUUCCGUACAGUCCUGUCAACAAUCUGGAGCAGGUGUUUAACAACCCUCAGGUUCAACACAACAACCUCUGUCAGACGGUUCAACAUUCAACACUUGGAGAGAUUCACCAGGUUGGUCCUGCUGUACAGUAUAGUUUAGCUGAAAACCGGAUUCGUACUGCACCUCCUGUACUAGGAGAGCAUACAGACGCAGUUCUAACAGACAUUCUUGGUUACUCCGUUCAAACUAUUCAGUCUUAUAGAAAGAAAGGAGUUAUAACAUAGAUAGAUAUUAAGCAAUUAUUAUUAUGUAAAAAGUAUGUAAAUUUAUUUUUCUUGAGGUGUAAUAAAUCUGAAUACAUUGUCAA